AAAGAACAAAUUGAUCAAUUGGAUUUCAUCAAAUUAAAAAACUUCUCUUUGACACUGUUAAGAAAAUGAAAGGGAAAAGCCAAGUGAAAAAUUUGCAAAUCAUAUAUCUGAUAAUUUAUUUACAUCUAGAACACAGCAAGGAUUCUCAUCACUAAAUAUGAUAUCCAGCAACACAAUUUAAAAAUGGGAAAAAGAUCCACAGAAACUUCAACCAAGGAGAGAUAAAGAUGGCAAAUCAGCAAAUAUAGAGAUGUUCAAUAGCAGUAGUCAUUAGGAAACGCACAUGAAACCCACAAUGAGAUUCCACUAGGUACCUGUUAGAACCUGGGCUGCGCUUGUGAUGUCAGCACUGCUCCGCCUCCAGGAAGGAACCUGGGCUGUGCCUGGCUGGCGGUCUCCUAGUGACUAGAGCAGCAGGGAUCAGGAACCGCAGAAGCUGGAGACGCGGCACCCCAGCGAGGGCCACCAUGGGGGACCAGAGGCCGCAGGACUGGCUGAGGUCCCCGGGCAUGGACUCCAAGUCCUGGUACUGUAACCAACCGUCUUCCAAAGACUUUCAGAUGCGCAAGCACGGGCGCCUGAGGUUCCCAUCCAUGGACACCCAGAACUGGGUAUUUGUGAAGGAGGGCCUGGACGACUUCCGCUACGGCUGUGCGUCUCCCGAAGACACUCUCGUUUGUCGCCGUGACGAGUUUUUAAUGCCAAAAAAACGUCUCAGAGGGUCCAAAGCUGACCCCAAAAGCAGGCAGAAAAAGCUCCUCAAGAAAGCGGCCCUAUUUUCCAAGCUCUCUCCAGCGCAGCUAGCACGGAAGGCAUUCGUAGAGCAAGUGGAAGCCGAGAUCAUGGCCAAGCAUCCCUUGGCCAUGUACCCCAAUUUGGGAGAAGAUCUGCCUCCAGAUCUCCUACUGCAGGUGCUCGAACAGCUGGAUCCGGAAAGGAAGCUGGAGGACGCUUGGGCUCGUUGCGAGGCCCGGGAGAAGACAACGGAGGUACCCACCGAUCCUGGUCAAUAUCCCCGUGGGGAAUUCUGCCUGCAGCCUCCCGAGACUGGAGGGUCCCAUCUGAGCCUGGAGCUUCCCACAACUCCAGUGUCCAGUCUCCACCCGCAGCCUCCCAAGACUCGUCCGGGGUCAAGUCUCCGCCCGGAGCCUCUCAAGACUCGUCCGGGGUCAAGUCUCCGCCCGGAGCCUCCCAAGACUCGUCCGGGGUUCAGUCUCUGCCUGGAGCCUCCCAAGACUCGUCCCGGGUCAAGUCUCCGCCUGGAGCCUCCCAAGACUCGUCCAGGGUCCAGUCUCUGCCCGGAGCCUACCGAGACUGGAGUGACCCAUCUGCGCCCUGAGCCUCCCAAGACUCGUCCAGGGUUCAGUCUCCACCUAGCGCCUCCCAAGACUCUGGUGUCCAGUCUCCGCCCGGAGCCUCCCAAGACUCGUCCGGGGUCAAGUCUCCGCCUGGAGCCUCCCAAGACUCUGGUGUCCAGUCUCCGCCUGGAGCUUCCCAAGACUCUGGUGUCCAGUCUCCGCCCGGAGCCUCCCAAGACUCGUGGGGCGUCCAGUCUCUACUCAGAGCCUUCUGAGACUGGCGUGUCCCAUCUCAGCCUGGAGCCUCCCAAGACUCGUCCAGGGUCCAGUCUCUGCCCGGAGCCUACCGAGACUGGACUGACCCAUCUGCGCCCUGAGCCUCCCAAGACUCGUCCAGCGUUCAGUCUCCGCCUAGCGCCUCCCAAGACUCUGGUGUCCAGUCUCUGCCCGGAGCCUCCCAAGACUCGUCCAGGGUCCAGUCUCUGCCCGGAGCCUACCGAGACUGGAGUGACCCAUCUGCGCCCUGAGCCUCCCAAGACUCGUCCAGGGUUCAGUCUCCACCUAGCGCCUCCCAAGACUCUCGUGUCCAGUCUCCGCCCGGAGCCUCCCAAGACUCGUCCGGGGUCAAGUCUCCGCCUGGAGCCUCCCAAGACUCUGGUGUCCAGUCUCCGCCCGGAGCCUCCCAAGACUCGUGGGGCGUCCAGUCUCUACUCAGAGCCUUCUGAGACUGGCGUGUCCCAUUUCAGCCUGGAGCCUCCCAAGACUCCUCCAGGGUCCAGUCUCCGCUGGGAGCCUCCCAAGACUCGUCGAGUGUCCAGUCUCCGCCAGGAGCCUCCCAAAGCUCCAGAGUCCCAUCAGUUCUCGGAGCCUCCCAAGAAAGAACUGCUUGGGGAAGAUACAACAAGCACAAAAGGGUGCGUUUCUGACUAUCUUCAACCUAGAUACAAAUCGGAAAAACUGCGUGAGUUUUUCAAAUGGGCUGCAGACUUUGCAGUUGAUGAAGAAACCAUUUGGAAUCUGUGUCUAUUUCCCACCAUGUACAGAGCAACCCAUGACGACCAAAAGUUGAAGAACAUAAACGAGUGUUCCUCAGAGCUGAAGUACACCAUGCAGCUGGGUGAAAAAGAUAAGGACAAAUUCUUAUCCCAGGAAAAACACCGGGACAGGAAAUUCCACAGGCCAUCGAAUGUUUACAUCACUCAGCCUGUGAAGAUGAGGUAUGGAGCAUGGUACCUGAAUCCUAAAUUGUGGAAGAAGCGAAGAAGUGAUGAACCUUUGACUGACCCCAAGCUCUUAGUUAAAAACCCCGAAGAACCUGACAUUCUGGACGAGCUUUAUGGACCAAUCGCCUUCAAAGAUUUCAUUCUAAGAAAGGGCUAUGAAAUGCCUGGAAUCAUCGAAAGGCUGUUUGCGAGGAAGAGAUGGACUUAUGACUCUGUUAAGACCCCUGUUGAAAGAGCAAUGAAACUUUACAAUUAUGAAGACAUCAUAAAGUCACCAGAUUAGGCACUUUUCAAUUGACUACUCGAUUGGGUAUUUCUUGCUGUCAUUUUAAUGAUCAAUCAUAAUUUAUGGUGACUGGCCCCGUGGAUGUACAACUUCGGCAACAUCUGUUAACUCAAUACCUAAUGUUUAUCAAUAUUUCUUAAUGACCUGCUUUGGCUUCAUCAUUUCAUAUAUUUUAUCAAUUAUGUGAUUAAUAUUCACAUAUACUUUUUCACACUGUUGAAGCAUUGUGAAUAUUACAUCAUCAUGUCAAUUAUUUGUAAAAAUACAUAAAACCAGAAAUUAUUAUUAUUAGAAUUAUUCUUUUAAAGAGAAAUAGGCUUGGGCACAUUUGCUCAUGCCUGUAAUCCUCCCCGCUUUGGGAGGCCCAGGU